CUUUACCAAACCCCAACACGACUUUACUCUUCACAUCUCUACCACCGCAAAUCAUGAAAACAUCUCUGGUCCUCCUUUCCCUCUGUCUGCUGGCUUGUUCAGGUGAGAUUUCAUUUGUUAACUCAAGUAGUAACUACUGUAUAUGCAGCACAUACAUUGGGUCAGGGUGCAAGGGGAACUGUGGGUAGGGGGGCCUAAAUCAACUCCAAGUUCACCUUUGGUUUCAGUACAAUACAAGUAAAGGACCCAUCAUGGGAGUGACUGUUGUAUCAUUUUUUCUUCACAGUUUGGGAGAUCCAUGGCCAAUGCCAAGAGGUUGACCCUGAUGACCAGGAAGUAGUGGAAGCACAGCCGGAAAAGCACAUGGUAAUAGUAUGCUAUGGUCAAAAUGUUAUGAACUAAGAGAAAGUGUAGACAUUUCUGCAACUUACUAUUGUAAUACUCAACCUCCUACUGUUUAACAGAACUUAACCAUAGACGUACAUUUAAUUAAAACAUACAUUGACUGAAGAAACUAUUGUCCAAACUAACUUUUUCACACUCACAUUACAUCAAAUGUACUUCAACCAUAACACUGAAUACAUCACACCAUAAUUCAAUUAAUAAUAAUAAUUUGGGGGGGUGCUUAUAUUUGUCUUGUUACACAAAAGUGUGUAAUGGAAAUGUCUUUUUUUGCAUAUCCCAACUCCCCCCGAGACACCCACAGGGAGUGGGGUCACGGCCAAGAUCGCCAUUGUACAGAGCCCCUGAAACAAUUAGGGUUAAGUGCCUUGCUCAAGGGCACAGCGACAGAUGAUUAUAAUAUUUUUACCAUGUCCUUUCUCGUCUGUUUGUGCUUUCCACAGGAACAACAGCUAAAGGGAACCUGCUGGGUGUGUAAGUGGGCACUAAACAAAGUGAAGAAAUCCAUCUCCACUUCCUCUAGCCCGGUAGCUACCAUAGCAUUACAAUCCAUAAGAGUGUCUCUUCAUGAAAUUGCACUAUUGAUUAUUUACUGUGAUAUUUCCCUGAAAAUGUCAACUGAUGUUUAUGAUGAUUUCUCGUCAAUAGGAGGAGCUAAAGCAGAAGCUAUUGUCCGUUUGCGAUAAUGUUGGCUUCCUAAAAUCUAUGUGUAAAGGCCUGGUGAAAAAACACUUGUGGGUGCUGAUUGAGGAGCUUAGCACAAGCGAUGACGUGAGGACCAUCUGCGUUAAGAUUAAGGCCUGCAAGUGAGUACAAGAAACCGUUCGACAUACCCUUAAGUCACUGUUCAGACAACUAAAGAGUAUAGCGAUGAUCACUUGUGCUUGUUAAUUGAAACACUAUUGAGUAGAAUGCAUUCAUUAAUAUGAAAAUAUUAUGUCUUCCGAUCUUCCACUCAUGUAGUCUUUUUGUGCAUCUUUAGACCAAAGGAAGUUUUGGACCUGAGCUACUGA